UCUCUGGGCUAAUUAGAAAAGUCAGAAGAGCGCACAUCCAAAGAAGGGGGAAAGGAAAUCUUCAGACUUUUCUGUUUAAUAUUCACCGAGGCGAUGGAGGAGACGUACCUUCUCAACUAUCCUGGUGUCAAGAAGAAAAUCCUGGCGGGAGGGAAAGGACCUCUGCCUCAUUUCCCACCUGGGACAAAGGUGAUCUUCCAUUUCCAAACCCUGCUGGACAACUUUGAGCGAACGGUCAUCGAUGACAGCAGACUGGCCGGCAGACCGGCUGAGAUUUUUGUCGGAAAGAUGUUCAAGAUGGAAAUCUGGGAGCCCUUGCUGACGUCCAUGCGGGUCGGAGAGGUGGCAGAGUUCUGGUGUGACGCCGUUCACACAGGGUUGUAUCCCAUUGUGUCAAAGGGAAUGAGGCUGAUUGCCCAAGGGAAAGACCCCCUGGAGGGCCAGAAACACAUGUGUGGGAUGGGGAACCUAUUCCACUAUCACUCCACUGGCUUCCCGGAGCUCGACGAGAUAAUGCGAACUCCUCAGCCACUCAUAUUCAUCAUGGAGUUGUUGCAGGUGAGCUACAGAGACCCCUUGUCUUACCACAGAGAAUCGUGGAUGAUGGAGAAGGACGAGAAGCUGCAGAAGGUGCCGGUUCUCCACAUGCAGGGCAACGCUCUGGUCAGGCAGAAACAAUUCAGAGAGGCUGCCAGCAAGUACAAGGAAGCUGUCCUGCUGCUAAAAACAGUGCAAUCCAGGGAGAUGCCAGGUGAUGUAGACUACAUUAACUUGGGGCGAAUGAUUGUCCCCCUGGAGCUGAACUACUGCCAGUGUAUGUUGGAGCUGGAGGAGUACUACGAAGUCAUAGAGCACACAACGGAGCUGCUGGAGAAACACAAAGACUGCGUGAAGGGCUACUACAAGCGGGCCAAGGCUCACGCUGCCGUGUGGAACGAGAAGGAGGCCAGGAGAGACUUCAGUACGGUGGCCCAGCUGGACAUCACUCUGACUGCGCUUGUCCGCCGAGAGCUGAAGGAGUUGUCGGAGCGCAUGAAGGAGAAGUACUGGGCGGAGAAGGAGCAGUACUGGAACAUGCUGGAGAAAAGGGAGGGCACCAGUAAACACGAGGAGGAAGAGCAACAAGAUGAAGAGAAAGAUGAAGAAACAAAAAAGAAAGAAAGCGACUUUGAAAGUGGCGAAGCGGGAGAGAAAACCGGUUCAUCUGAGAUGAAACGUGUUGAAGAAGGAGAAGCUGGAGAAGAAAAGGUUGGGCCGUGUGAGGGAGAGAAGGAGGAAGAAAGCAGCUGUGCAGCGGCGCUCCAGGCCUGGGACACGAUGGAGGGGAAGGACUGGCAGCAGAUGUUACGGCUGGUCAUGUUUCUGCAGAACGAGGGAAACUUCCUCAUCAAAGAGCAACGCUUCCCAGACGCUUCCGCCAAGUUCAAGGAGGCUUUGGGAUACGUGGACUUCUUACAAAACAAGCAGGUGGAUCAACACGGCGAGGACUGGGAGUCGCUGGAGAAAGUGCGUCUCCCGCUCAGCCUCAACCUGAGCCAGUGCAUGCUGGAGCUGAAACAAUACCAGGAGGUGGUGGAGCUGAACAGCCGUCUGCUGAACACACACACAGUUUUCUCAGCAUUCCUCAGACAUCUUCCUGCCACCGACCCCAAACCUGCUGGUCGAUUUAGCUGUUUCCACCUCAGUCAGGAAAUUUAUUGUGCUGCUUUUUGGGUUUCAUUUCUGCUUAUUCACAGAACCAUGCAGCCAUUUCUUCUGCUGUCUCCACCCAUUUCUUCCCAUUUCUACUCCAAAGGUAACUUUAAAGCGACGUACCAGAGGGCGCGGGCGCACGCCGCUUUGUGCAACGAAGAUGAAGCUCGAAGAGACUUUGCCACGGUGGAGAAACACUGGAUCCAAAGUUUAAACCCUUUAUCCAGAAGGAGCUGA